UCGAUGGCCCAUAUUUCUAUCGAAAUUUGUGAUCGUGUUAUCGACCAUCUCAAUUGCAAAUUUGGGCAAAAACACACAAAAUGACGACCGAAAAGAGCGACCAACUGAGGCAACAACUUAUUGCGGCCGUGGUGAAGAAACGAGCGGCGAUUGCGCGGGCACAGGAAAUCGUGGUGCGACUCAUGGAGCCGGGAAUUCCGGAGCCCGAGUUUUUGUCCCUGCUAUGGGAGAUUGGACCCCCAAAUUAUUCCGACAUCGUGGAUGAGCGAGAUAUAAACAAAUUGUGUGGAUAUCCGCUGUGCUCUAACGUUCUAGAGAACAUUCCCAAGCAAAAGUAUACCAUAUGUGCAUCCAAAAACAAGGUAUACGACCUGACGGAGCGCAAGAAAUUCUGUUCCGGCUACUGUUUUAAGGCCUCGGAGUACAUUAAGGCCCAGGUGCCGACAUCGCCGUUGUGGCUGCGAGAUCGGGAGACGAGACCCAGCUUCCAUUUGCUGGCUCGAGGUACUUGACGACUGAUAUACAUAGCUCUCAAAGCGUUUAUUUAUUUCGUAUAAUAAGCAUUAAGACCAUUUGUUCAUUA